CUAGGAUUUGCCCUUACAAAUUUCAAAUCCUUGAGAGUGAGAGUCUACUCCGCUCACAGGCCACAACCAAAUGGCCUUAACUGCUCCAACCGCAAUCACCCAGUUCCCAGAUAACCCUAAAACCCUAAUCCUCAAACAAUGCAAGAACAUCAAAGACCUCAACCAAAUCCACGCUCACCUCAUCAAAACCCGCCUCAUCCACAACCCGAGAGUGGCCGAAAACCUCCUCGAAUCCGCCGCCAUACUCAUCCCAAAACUACCUAUGGACUAUCCUAUCUCCAUCUUCAAAAAACUCGAAGAACCCGAUUCGGCUGCUUAUAAUCUCAUGAUCAGGUUCUUCACAUUGAAGCAAUCACCCAAUGAAGCCAUUCUUUUGUUCAACGAAAUGCGCGAAAGAUCGGUUCAUCCCGAUGAAUUCACCUUCCCCUGCAUUUUGAAAGCUUGUUCUAAGCUACAUGCUUUGAAAGAGGGAGAGCAAAUCCAUGCCCUGAUUAUGAAAUAUGGAUUUGCGUUUGAUGGGUUUGCGGUGAAUGCUUUGCUUGGUUUGUUUGCUAGUUGUGGCAAAGUAGAGGUUGCCCGCCACUUGUUUGAUGGAAUGCCUGAGAGGAGUGUUGUCACAUGGAAUUCGAUGUUUUCAGGGUACACUGGGAGUGGUUGUUGGGAAGAGGUUGUGGGGUUGUUUCGGAAAAUGCUGGAAAUGGAAGUUGGGUUUGAUGAGGUUACGUUGUUUUGUGUUUUGAAAGCCUGUGGAAGGUUGGCUGAAAUUGAACUGGGUGAGUGGAUCCAUGAGUACGUGGAGGCAAAUGGGUUAAAGGGAAAUCCCUCUUUGGUCACCUCGCUCGUGGAUAUGUAUUCAAAGUGCGGUCAUGUGGAUACAGCUCGAAGGCUAUUUGAUGAGAUGCCUCGAAGGGAUUUUGUUGCAUGGAGUGCUAUGAUAUCCGGAUAUGGCCAAGCAAGCCGACAUAGAGAGGCACUUGAACUGGUUCACGUGAUGCAAAAAACCAAUAUAGAGCCCACUGAGGUGACUAUGGUUAGCAUACUUUUUUCUUGUGCUGUUCUUGGAGCUCUAGAAACGGGCAAAUGGGUGCAUUCUUAUGUAAUGAAGAAGAGGAUGAAGCUCACGGUCACUCUUGGAACUGCGCUGAUGGAUUUGUAUCUGAAAUGCGGGUCCGUUGGCAGUGCAAUCGAAGUGUUUAGAAACAUGCCUUCAAAGAAUGUCUUCUCUUGGACAGUGUUAAUUCAAGGCCUUGCAAAUAAUGGACAAGGGAAAAAGGCUAUUGGGUUCUUCCAUGCAAUGGUGGAAAGGAACAUUGCACCGAACAAUGUAACUUUCGUGGCUGUUCUUUGUGCUUGUAGCCAUGCAGGUUUGGUGGAUGAGGGUAGGGGAUUCUUUGUUAGUAUGAGUAGAGAUUUUGGUAUUGAACCGAUGAUUGAGCAUUAUGGUUGCAUGGUUGAUAUCCUUGGUAGAGCAGGCUGCAUAGAAGAGGCUUAUGAGUUUAUAAACAACAUGCCCAUCCAACCCAAUGCAGUUAUUUGGAGAACAUUGUUGGCUUCGUGCAGAGUUUAUAAAAACGUUGAAAUUGGUGAAAGGUCGCUCAAAAAUGUGGUCAGAUUGGAGUCUGCGCAUAGCGGUGAUUACAUACUUCUGUCAAAUAUUUAUGCUUCUGUGGGUAGGUUAGAGGAUGCGGUAAGAGCGAGGAAUCAGAUCAAAGAGAAAGGAAUAAAGAAAAUGCCAGGCUGUAGUGUGAUUGAGAUGGAUGGAAUCAUUCAUGAGUUUUUUUCUGAAGACAAUAUACACCCUGAUUCGGAAGAGGUUUAUAAUGCAACUGAAAACAUGAUGAAGAAGAUCAAAUUGGCUGGAUAUGUGCCCAACACCACGGGGGCAAGGCUAGAUGCAGAGGAAGAUGACAAGGAAUCUUCAAUAUCUCACCAUAGUGAGAAGCUGGCAAUUGCCUUUGGCCUUAUUCGGACUUCUCCAGGUACUACAAUCAGAAUAACGAAAAAUCUCAGAGUGUGUAUGGACUGUCACAACGCUACGAAGAUGAUAUCGAAGGUUUUUGAUAGAGAAAUUGUUGUUAGGGAUAGAAACCGUUUUCACCAUUUCAAGGACGGGUCUUGUUCGUGUAACGAUUACUGGUGAACCCUUCGCAGCCUGUCAUAUAUAUUGAUAUAUGCAAGUGAAUUCGUUUUAUAUUUA